CCCGUGGUUGACGCGUGCGCGUAGCCAUCUACCCGAGCUUCUGCUGCAAGCAGGGUGCUCACAAAAGACAAAUUUGGUGGGGAAGAGGAAGUAGAGUUGAGGGUCGUAUCUUCCACUGAACUUUGCAAUGUGAAUCUCUUCUCUGGCAGUACCUGUUAAAUGAUUUUAAUCCGAUCCUUGAUGAAAAUGGCAGCCAACAAUGCAGUUUUGAAUAGACUGGAGCAGAAGGGUGCUGAAGCAGAUCAAAUUAUUGAAUACCUUAAGCAGCAAGUUGCGCUUCUGAAAGAAAAAGCUAUCUUGCAGGCAUCUCUGAGGGAAGAGAAGAAACUGCGUGUUGAAAAUGCUAAACUUAAGAAAGAAAUUGAAGUGCUAAAACAGGAAUUGAUCCAAGCAGAAAUUCGAAAUGGAGUGAAACAAAUAUCUAUGCCACCUAGUGACAUGGCUGCUGCAGUUUCAUUUUCGAAGGAUCUCUCUCAAACAUCCUCUGCUGCUGAAGCUCUAUCUGGUCCUAAGGAACAGAUCAAAGGACCCACUGAAGAAAAGAAGAAGAAAGACAAAACAGAAAAGAAAGGAGAAAAGAAAGAAAAAAAGCAGUCAGCUGCAAAUGAUGAUUCAAAGCCUUUAGAUGUUUCACGGCUUGAUCUUCGUAUUGGUUGUAUUAUGACGGCAAAGAAACACCCAGAUGCUGAUAGUCUUUAUAUUGAGGAAGUUGAUGUUGGAGAAGCAAAUUUAAGAACUGUUGUCAGUGGUCUGGUGAAACAUGUUCCUUUAGAAGAGAUGCAAAACCGGAUGGCUAUAUUUCUCUGCAACCUAAAACCAGUAAAAAUGAGAGGAGUGGUGUCCCAAGGCAUGCUGAUGUGUGCUAGCACACCAGAAAAGGUGGAAAUUAUAAUUCCUCCUAAUAGAGUUGUUCCUGGAGAAAAAAUUACAUUUGAAGGUUUUUCAGGUGAACCUGAGAAAGAACUUAAUCCCAAGAAGAAAAUAUGGGAGCAGAUCCAACCUGAUCUUCAGACCAAUGAGCAGUGUAUUGCUACAUACAAAGGAGUGCCGUUUGAAGUGAAAGGGAAAGGUGUGUGCAGGGCUCCUUCCAUGGCCAACAGUGGAAUCAAAUAAAUGAAAGCAAAUUUGGAAAUGUUUGAGAUAAUUUUGAAGGGAAAAACAUGAACAUAAUAAAUAUUGCCUCGCUGAAAA